AUGCAUCAGACGUUCCCAGAUUCAAUAGAUCAUAAAUGUUCAAACCUAGAAGAGCCAAAAUUCAAAAUAAUCCCCAAUGUGGAGCAUAUAAUAUAUAUGGUCAGUCAAACUGGACCAGAUUUUAGGGAAGCAGAUCAUAUCGUGUCUCAAUUGUCAUUUGCAUUAACAGAGAAAGGUUAUAACGUUGGAAUUUUGGAAAUAAAUUUCCGAGAGUCUAUUUAUGUACAUGAGUAUUUCGUUUGUAGAUCAAAAGUCCAUCGAUCCAAUGAUAGCUGGAUACCACAAGAAGUGUUAAGCAAGAACGAUUUAAAAAAUGGAGGUUCUUUAAAGCUUAUAUCAACCGGAUUAAUCAAAGAUAGCGAAUGUGACUUAAACAGUUUCAGAGGUAUUGAAAAAAAAAAACUUAUAAACCAAUUAACAUAUGAUGUUGUUUGGAGUACAGAUCAACCGUUGAAUUUUCUACUAAUAACAACACCUGCAGGAUCUUUUGGAGAGUCUCAUUUGAUGGAAGAGACAAAACAUUUGACACAGUUAGAUGGUGCAAUAGUUGUAAUUAAUUCAGAAUCAGUUGGGACAUCAGGGCCAAACUUUUUAACAAACUUUUGUAAAAAAAAUAGCAUUAAGAUACUAGGGAUAAUAGAAGAUAAUAGAAAUAAAGAUACUUGCAAUUGUGGCUGUUGUACGGGUGCAUGGUCUAUAGAGCCUAUUGAGGGCAUUUCAACUUUAUGUGAGCAAUUGAAUAUAAACCUAUUGGGAGCUGCUUGUGAUGUUCGUGACUGGAUGGCUCCUGCUGAUUAUAUCGAUGAAGAACAUGAGAAAGAGUGCAUGAUUAAUUAUUUUACUAUGUACGGAGACAACUACAUUCCAAUGCAAGAUAUUUUAGCAAAAUUAAUUGAAUUAAAUUAUCUUCCUAGAUUAAAUGGCAACGACUUCAUUGUUCAGAAAAAGCUGAAAAAUGAAAGCGAUUUAGAUUUAUAUAAAAUUUUUAGAAAGUUAUUUGCUCAACGUUAA